AGAUUUCCUUAUCCGGGAAUCGCAGGCCGGGUGGCCAUUGGCUCGGCGGAUCACGUGGGGCCCUAACUUUGUUCACUUGACAGUAAGUAGGAGGGCUCUCGGAAAACAGGAACACGAGUCAGGGGGUCGGAAUAAAUUUUUUAGUUAUUAUUAUUUUUUUUUUGGUGGGGGGCCCGGUUUCUCCCUCUCCCCCCCCCGCCCCGCGACAUUAAUGGCCAUGAGUUCGUUCCUGAUCAACUCAAAUUAUGUGGACCCCAAGUUCCCUCCGUGCGAGGAGUACUCGCAGGGCGAUUACCUCCCCAGCGACCACUCGCCCGGGUACUACGCCGGCGGCCAGAGGCGAGAGAGCGGCUUCCAGCCGGAGGCGGCCUUCGCGCGCCGCGCGCCCUGCACCGUGGCUCGCUACGCGGCCUGCCGGGCCCCCGGGCCCCCGCCGCCGGCCCCCCCGCCCCCCCCGCCGCCGCCCCCCGGGCUGUCCCCCCGGGCCCCCGUGCAGCCGCCGCCGCCGCCUCCUCCUCCGCCGCCUCCUCCUCCGGCCUCCUCCGGGGCUCACCUCCCCGAGCCCGGGCACCGCUGCGAGGCGCUCAGCGGCAGCCCCCCGCCGCCUCCCUGCGCCCAGAACCCCCUGCACCCCAGCCCGUCCCGCUCCGCUUGCAAAGAGCCCGUGGUCUACCCCUGGAUGCGCAAGGUCCACGUGAGCACGGUAAACCCCAAUUACGCCGGCGGGGAGCCCAAGCGCUCCCGGACCGCCUACACCCGCCAGCAGGUCCUGGAGCUGGAGAAGGAGUUUCACUACAACCGCUACCUGACGCGGCGCCGCAGGGUGGAGAUCGCCCACGCGCUCUGCCUGUCCGAGCGCCAGAUCAAGAUCUGGUUCCAGAACCGGCGCAUGAAGUGGAAAAAAGACCAUAAGUUGCCAAACACCAAGAUCCGCUCGGCUGGCACCGCGGGUGCAGCUGGAGGACCCCCCGGCCGGCCCAACGGAGGGCCCCCGGCACUCUAGUGACCCCCACCCACCCAAGCAGGAGCUAGAACCUGGGGGGGGGCGGGGGGGGCAGUGAGCACCGAAGGGGGGUGCGGGGCAUGGGAAGGGUCCCCGGGCUUGAGCCCAGAAAAACCUAUCUACCCUACCCCCCCCCAACUUUAUCCAUAAGGAAUAAACGCAGAGAAAGGGUGGGUAGGGGAGCCUUAUUUAUAGAGACGACAAUAGGGAGCCGGGUAACGUCCUCCGGGAGCAAGAUUGUCUUGCUUUCUUCCUUUAAAAAGAAGAAAAGAAAAAGGAGAGAGAGAAAAAAAGGGGGGGAAGGAAGGAAGGAAGAAAAGAAGAAGGACGAAAGGAAAAAAAGACAGAAAGAGAAAUGGAGGAGGCUGCCGCGCCUGGUUUUCAGCUUUGGUGAAGAUGGAUCCACGGUUCAUCUUUAAUCAUGCCAGGCCUUAGGGCCCAUCUGUCUUGUUUACUCUGCCGAGGAGAGGGUGAGCUUCGGUGGCGACCAUUACCUCGACACUCGGCUAACAAAUGAGGGCCGGCCCGGCCGCCGCCGCCGCUGCCGCCGCCACCUCUGCUGCUGCCGCUGCUGGACCACAGCCUGGAUUUUCUUUCUUUGUCCCAUUACUCCUGACACCCCAGCGAAUGCACCCUCUGACUGCCAGAUAGCGCAGUGUUUUGGCCACGGUAACAAACACACACGUAACUUCUCUCCCUGUCUGUGCCCACUUUUGGGGGUGGGCGAGGACUGCUCCCUCCUUUCCACCGCAGGCCUAGGAGGGGAACAGAAGGGGAGCGAGGGAGGGGUGGUUCCCGAAUCUGAACCCAAGAAAUUAAAAAAAAAAAAAAAAAUUGAGACACCCAGGAGGGCCUUCUGCCUGAAGGCCCAGCCAGGCCUGGCGGGGUGAGGGGCAUUUGAGUUUCAGUUGCUGGGAGUGUCCAUGCUGGUCCAUACAGCAGAGGCCUUGUCUUAGACUACAAAUGAAUGUGAAGUUAGGAAAUAAAAAUGCUGUGGCCCUCCGACCCUGGAAGGACAAUGUUGCAGAGCCCUCUCCCGUUGUUGCAUCGUUUAUUAUUAUUAUUAAUAUUAUUAUUAUUAUUAUUUUAUGUCAUGUGUGUCCUCUCUCCUGUUCUCUUUUCUGACAUUCCAAACCAGGCCCCUUCCUACCUCUGGGGCUGCCUGAGCCUAGAG